AUGGCAUGCAGAAACAUGGAGAGGGCCGAGGCGGCGAUCAGCGACGUGCGGAAAGAGAUCGAGGAGACGCUGGAGAAGCGGCACAAAAAGGGCGGAGACCACCCAAAGGAGUGGACCACGUUCGGCAUCCCGCAGGUGCAGAGCGUGGACGACGUGUCGCUCGAGGCCAUGGCCCUCGACCUGUCCGAUCUCGCGUCCGUGCGCUCCUUCGUCAACGCCUUCCAGGCCAAGCACCAGCACCUUCACUACCUCAUUCUCAACGCCGGAGUGGUGACUACGGAGAAGCGGAGAUCGGCGCAGGGCCACGAACUCAUGUUCGCCACCAACCACCUUGGCCACUUCUUCCUCACCACCCUGCUGCUUGAUACGCUCGCUGCGUCUUCGCCGGCUCGGAUCGUGGUUGUGUCCUCCGAAGCCCACAAGUUCUGCGGACCCCUCAACGAAGAUCUGAAGCUGGUUUCUGACCCUCCUGAGUUUGGCCUCAAGAGCGCAAUGUCACUCUACGGCGUCAGUAAGCUCUGCAAUUUGCUCUUCACGCUCCACCUGAACAAGCUGCUGAAGGAGAAGGAAAGCCACGUCUCCAUCAACGCUGUUCACCCUGGCACAGUGAACACAGAGCUGGGAAGAGAGACGCCCUGGUACCUGUCCUGGAUCGUCAAGCCCAUCUCUCAGCUCUUCUUCCGCAGCCCUGAAGAGGGCGCAAGGACGUCGGUCUACUGCGCCGUGUCGCCCGAAGUCGAAGGGGUGGGCGGCAAGUACUUCAGCAACGAGAGGGAGGAAAAGCCCAAGCCCUACGCUGUCGAUGAGGCGACCGCUGCCGCGCUCUGGGCCUACAGCGAGGAGCUCGUCAAGGACUUCUGA